AUGUCCUUCGCGGUCUCUACUUCCUCGUUUGCCGGCGCCAAGGUUGCCUUGCGCAAACAACAAAAUGUUCAAAAGAAGCAAUCCACGAUGGUUCGCGCGGCGGCCGUUUCGGGUGAAGUUCCGAGAAGGGCCGUUUUCGGUGUGCUCGACAUGGCUAAACGUAACGUGAUGAACUUGCUGCUCGUCGGUGCGCUCGGUCUUCCGGGUACGACUUUGUUGGGUGGCUUCGCGUACUACUUCGUCCCGCCGUCUGCGGGUGGUGGUGGCGCUGGCCAAGCGGCGAAGGACGCUGCCGGUAACGACAUUAAGCAAGCGACUUGGUUGAAGAACCACUUGCCGGGUGAUUACACUUUGUCGCAAGGUUUGAAGGGUGACGCGACGUACUUGAUGGUCGAUGCGGGGGGUAAAAUUCGUGACUUUGGUAUCAACGCCGUGUGCACGCACUUGGGUUGCGUCGUUCCGUGGAACAAGGCGGAGAACAAAUUUAAAUGCCCGUGCCACGGCUCCCAAUACAACGCCGAUGGUAUGGUUAUCCGUGGCCCGGCCCCGUUGUCUUUGGCUUUAGCGCACUUGACCAUCGACGCCUCCGACACCGUCAUCUUUUCCCCGUGGACUGAGACUGACUUCAGAACUGGCUUGGCCCCGUGGUGGAAGUAA